AUGAAUACACAAAUUUGUCAAGAUUUUAUCAGUGAACUCCACAUAGACGUCAGUCAUUUCUGUGUUGAUUUGGACAUCAGUAUUAUGGAUAGAAUACAUCGAAUUGCGGAUGCUUUAGCAGCUGCCUCUGAAGCUGUUGCUCGUUUGUCACCAUUGAAACCAACAGAUUUCAGCAAUCAUGCAGAAUGGUAUGAUACAGAUUUACGUAAUGAUGGACCAGUCCUGACAAAAUCCGACCAUUAUCACAGUGAUUAUAUUUCAGGUAAUAAGUCAUCUUCCACUGCAUAUAACAUCCCUCGUUCAUCCGAUUAUCAAUCAGAUAGUGCAGACUUAUUGAAGCCUUACUCAUCGUCAAUAAAUCUAUCUGUCAAAUGUUAUAGCUUUGAGUUUAAUCUACACUUUCCAGUACCACUAGAAGCUAUAAAAGCUGAUUGUGGUCAAAAAAUUACAGAAAUACGUUCAAAACUAUGGGGUACUGGUGAUCUUCAUAAUGUGGAUCAGUCAAAUUCUAUACAGAAUAUAUCAUGGUGGCGCAGAACACUACGUAAAGAAUAUCUUAAUGUUUUUAUGAAAAAGAUUCGUUUAACAUUGAAUAAUAAUUGUAAAAAUGUCACCUUGAAAUCACACUAUGAAAGUAACGAUCCUUUACAAGGCGGUAGUCUUCCGAAGUCUAAACUUCCUUCAUCUAUUGGUACAAAUCAUAAGAAUAGUGGGGGAAAUGAACAAGAAUUAGAGUUACUUGUUAACUCUAUUUCAAUACAUUUGGUUAGUGAUGAUGAUAACAAAAGGAUGCAGUCGAUUCCCAUUGUAUACUUUGCUUCGAAAAUCAGUCCUUUUCCUGAACCAAUCAAAAUAUGUAUACGUAUUGCUCCAAGUGGAAGAACUGAUCUUGUUGAAUGUAUCAAUGAAAAUCCAAUGAGUAAAGAUUUUGACGAUAGUACUACUACUACUACUUCUGCUACAAAUAGAGAACAACAACCUAUACAUUUUGAAGUAGGCGUUGAUUUGGCUGCACAGAAUGAAUACAAUAAUAAUAAUACUAACAACAACAACAACAAUAAUUUAUCCUCUGGACAAUCUUAUGAACAGUCAGUUGAAUGGUCUUUAUGGAAUCAAGCUAAUCCUAGACAAAAUUGUUUUAUUCCAUUAGUUAUACGAAGAAAUUUUGUUCAAGAUGCGCCUAAACCUCAUUCGAAACAGAUUACUUAUUAUCCUGGAAACAAAGCACAUAUGUCUUCUUAUCGUCAGUCGGCUAGCAUGCAUACUCAUCUCUUUGUACAUAUCAAAGUGCCUAUAGCUGAAAUUACUAUUGAAAAUAAGCAAACUGUAGAAAUACUUUGUUUACGACUUAUGUAUGAUCUUUUACUGUGGCAAUCUCUAUUACCCAAUGAUCGUCGUUUACGUGCAACAUUGAAACGUCCUGGUUAUUGGUCGAAACCAAUAGAUCCUGGUACUAGUUCACAAGUAGAUCAUCGUUAUUGGUUUUUAAGUGAUCCUGCACCAUUGGCUAGUAUAUACGCUCAUCCAGAGGCUGCACGUGCAGCUGCUGAACUUGAAGCAAUAUCACCAUUAGGUUAUCACAAUGUAUACCAUCCAAGCGGUCUGCAUUAUCAUUCAGUUAGAAGCGAUGAUGACGAUGACGAUGAAGAUGAUAGCGACGUCAUUGAUGAUGAGAUAUAUAAUAGUAAUCAUCAUCAUAGUACAGCUGCUAAUGAUGUCAACAAUUGUUAUCAAAACUAUAAUGGAGAUAAUGGAAAACAUACUAAAUGGAAAAAUACAUGGUCAAGUGAUUUACGCAAAAAUUUUAACAACAAAGCUGGUUUUAGCUCAAAUUUAUAUUCACGUCAACAUACUUCCAAUUUUAACAACACUGCUAAUACAGAAAAUAUUGGCCCGUCAACUGGUACAUCUGUUCAAUAUCAAUCGUCUAUCUGUUUCCAGUUGGAUAUCAACUCUGCACAAUUGACAACAUUUCUGCCAGAAUCAUCGCCUGAAACAUGUUUACGUGGCGAAAAAGUUAUUGUCAAUGCUACAAAUACUAUCCUUUUUGCUGAAGUUGCUCAUAAUUCUAAUCCAAAUUUAAAUUAUUUUGAAAUGGAAGUUGGUGAAUUCGACGUAUCUUAUAGUUGUAAUCCGAAUUCAAAUCCAGAUGUUCAUCAUAAUCAAUCAGAUGGUGUUAAUGCCUCAGAUUCAUCAAAAAAUAUAUGGCCUGUUCUCUGCCAUCUUUCAUGGGAUUCUAUUGGCUAUCCAUAUGGUUCAUCACUUCAUCAAGUUGGAGUGUCUAGCGGUAAUUUAUCGAAUGAACCAACUAUUAGCCUGGCUUUAGAGCAUAGACAAAUUCAUCAUUUAUCUGAAUCAGGCAAUUCUACAUACGACGAUGAAUUCAUUCUAUCUCUUCGUAUACAAGAUGUCUGCUUCAUAUAUUGGCCAUUGUUCAGUUUAAAUAAUCGUUGGGAUAUCUUUUCUAAUAUUGGUAAUCCUACCUCAACAACUUCAGGAAGCACUAAUUACACAUUUUAUACUACAACAAACAGUAAUAAUAAUAAUACUAAUAGUACUAGUAGUAACUCUGCUGGUGGUACUAGUAAUAGCUUUCAUAAUCUUAUUGGUUUACCAAAUUGGUUUCUACGAUUCUGUAGUCUAUGGCAAACACCUUCAAUGAAACAAAUUGCCCAAGAAUAUUCUAGUUAUUAUGCACCAGAUUGUUUAUUCAAUCAACAUUUACACUUUGAACGCUUAACUAUGACAUUUUCAAUGCCUUAUCCAGAAUAUUUUAAUUUAUCAACUAACAAGUCAACUAUUGUAAAUUAUCAUCAUCAAAUGAUGAUGCCUAUAUUACACUUUAUGAUUGGUUGUGAAUCAGCUAGUAUUACAGUGAAUACAGCAAUGGAAAUGCUGCUGAUGAAUCCAUCAACUCAUCAAAGCAGCAAUACUAACACUACUACUAAUAGUAAUAAUAAUAAUGGCAGUCGUGUCGAUGUACAACCUGGCAUGUUAGUUAUGGCAUUCAUUAAUAAUUUGGCUACAUUUAUAUUUCCUUUUAAGUUCACUUCAGCCAGUCUAAGUGGUAACACUAAUUCACCUAAUCUUCGUCCUUCUCCUUCAUCUUCUUCUGAUGCAAAUCAUUCUCCUCAUCCAUUGUUGAGUGAAUUUCGUAAUUGGCUCAAUACUUUAGAUUUGAAUAAAGCUGUAUGCGUGGCAAGCUUAGAUCAUUUGGAAUUCAGGUGUUUCUCAGAACCAGUUAUUUUACCAAGCACAAUUGAUACCACUAUGUACAGUAAUAAAUCAACACCGACUAUAAUGAAUCGAUUUGAUAUGCGUAUUACAAAUAAUCUUUUAAAGAUUAAUACCUGUGCAGAUAGUUUAGUUGUCUUGCAUAAACUAGUUGAAUUGUUUACUAUCACUGAUUCGAAUUGUCUGUCUACACAUCAUCAUCACCAUCAUCUAUCUCCGAAUGUUGUAAAACCGUCCACGUCGGGUACAAUUGACUCCGGUGUUAAACAAUUCUAUGCACCAAGUUCAAGUGUGUCCAGUCCAAUUCAUUUGCAUUGUUCGCGGAACAUACUUGAUAAUAUAGGUAAAAGUGGUUCAGGAAGUAGUUUAGAUCUUAUACAAGAUGCUAUAUCUGAUGUUGAAUCUGUGCCAUCAUCACCAUACAAAACAUUUAUUCCUAAAAGGUCGUCAGCUGUUGAUAUUCCAUCAAAUACUUCAGUAUAUUCACCGAAAAAGAAUGACCAACUGCUGAGAGGUGUUGAGUACAAAUCUUCUUCGAAUGAUAGCUCCACACCACCACAACCAUGUCGUACUGUACACAACAAUACCAGUGGUAAUAAUAAUAAUAUCAGACGAAAGUCAAGUAAUUCAACAAUAGAUGUACAGUCACCAGCUUCAUCCAACCUUACCAAUUCACCAACUAGGAAUACUUCACCAACUACCGACAAAUAUAAGACACUACCGUCAGUUAACAAAAGUCGUCUGUAUCCAGAUUUAUCUGAUCAUUUGAAAUCGAUUUCAGACGAUACGCGUAAUAAUUCUCAAUCAUCAAGUCUUACUGAUGAUUUUGUAUUUAUUGAUCCAUCGACUGUGCCUGCCUUAAAUUAUUAUUCAACACCGAAAGAGAAAAUCCGUUGUCUACUUCAACCAAAUGUGAAGUCGUCCAACACCACUUCUGAUCAAGUAUCAUUUCCAAAUUUUGAUAUACAUGAAAAUUUCUAUAGUCCGCCGAGUUCAACUGCACAAAGUAGUAGAAGUCAUUUAGUUAACCAAUGGAAUCGUUUAUUUACAGAUCCUGUGAAAAUAUAUCCACGUCCUUUAAUAGCUAUAACAUUGUAUGAUGUUUCUUUUGAAUGGAAUAUAUACGGUGGCAAUGAUUUACUGCCUUUGUCGUCAGUAUUACCAGGCAAUAUUCCUGUGAAUGAACCAUCUAUUCCCGUUAGACCUCAGGCUAAAUCUACACUAUCCAUAGCAUCACCGUUAAGAGAUUCAUCAGAAAUAUUGAUAACUCCAUCCCAUUCAAGUGAAUCAUUAAAUAAUCAUAAGUGUAUGUCAAAUACACGAUCUGCUGUUAGCACUACUGCUAUCAAUAACCUUAAUAACAGUGGUGGAAAUAUUUCAUCAUCUCCAAGUCAAAUGACAAAAUUAUGCCCAAAACCAGGUUAUCGUUUCCGGCACGGUCGACCAGUUAUACAAAAACCAGCCAGUGUUAGUAAUAUUGGCGUAAAUUCAGCUGAAUCAAACUCAGAGCAUGUUUCAUUGAAACUACCGACAAGUGAUGCUAAGAAAGGCAUUCGUUCUCGUCAGUUAUUAUAUUCACAAGGUGGAUCAGGACGCCAACUUGAUAAUUGUAUUUCAUUCAAUAUCUCCAAGUUGUACUUUCGUCAUGCAAAGUUUCCGCCCCGGAUGAAGAAAUUUAUCAAUCAGCAUAAUCAGCAGCAGCAACAGCAACAGUCGAAUUCACCGCAGAAUUUAUUCAAUCUUACUGUUGAUCCCUAUCAACGUUUAAUUAUUCAUAUCUCGAAUGUUGUUAUACUAGAUCGUGUAAUGAAUUCAAAUGUCAAUCAAUUGUUAUAUUCUUAUAAUAAAACCUAUUCAACAAGUACAAAUUUACUACCGCACAAUUUGAAUACACCAAUGUUACGUAUGGUAGUUGUUUGUUGGCCGGUUGUAUCACAUCAAAUAGAACAGGAUAGUAUUAUUCGUCCACAACAACAGCAACAAACUGAGAAAAAAAUUGCUUCAGGUGAAAUAGAAGGCGAAGAUGACUCUUCGGUUGAUGAUGCUGAUGAUGACUUCAGAAAGGAAGUAGCCAACAAUUCCGUACAAUCAUCAAAUUCAAAAGUGGAGUAUAUUUAUUUACCGCAACCAGAUAAUCUUGAAGUUGAAGUGAAAUUAUCUGUUCAACCAUUGAAGAUCAAUUUAGAUCAAUAUACAUUAUUAUUUUUAUAUGAAUAUCAAGAAAAUUUCAAAAGAUAUCUUACUGCCUCUUCAAGAGAGUCAGACAACUUUCAAAUGGGUCAGUCUGUUUCAAGUUUAGAGUUGAAAUCAUCGCCUACAUCAGUAUGUACACAAUAUGGUCAAACAAUAAAUUCAACUGUAAUAAAUAAUAUCAAUACAGUUAGUGGUAGUCCAUCACAAUCACAUGUAAAUUAUUCCAAUGAUAAUAUUACUGGAACACCUCAAUCGAAUCAAAUUAGCUCUGCUCGUCCAGUAUAUUCAUCAAUAGAUCUCAUUGAAUCUAGUCAACCAGUUUUAUUUAUAAGGAAAGUUACAUUUUACCCUGAUCUGCCAAUUCAUCUUGACUAUCAUGGAAGACGUUUAGAUUUAAGUGGUGGUUCAUUUCACGGUUUACUAGCAAUGCUACUACAAUUGACCAAUGCUGAAUUCACUAUUCCUCGACGUGUUUACCAACGUGGUUAUCAAAGUUUAGAUCGGUUAAUUGAAGAAGUUGUAGAAGACAUAAGCGCCAUAUUAUCAUCACAACUACCACAUGCUAUUGUAACUAGUUUAGGUCCUAUGCAUGAAGUUACACAAUUUCUUCUUGGUUUAUGGGAUUUAAUUUAUCAACCUGUAUGCAGUCUAUACGGGACUGCUGAACUGCCUAAUACACCAUUGGAUCCUAGUCAUAUUAGCACAGCAGUUUGUAAAUUAGGCCUGUUUAAAAAACCUCAGCGAAUACGUGAUGAUACUCGUCGAAGUGGGGAAUAUUUAUCUUCAGAAGCAUCGCAUAGUAUCAGUAGAGGUGGAAUUAUUCAUGGUCUACGACGAGGUACACGAUCAUUUUCAACAAGUACUUUGUGGGCAACUUUACAGUUAACAAUUCAAGGCAUCAGAGCUGUACAGUCUGUUGCAGAAACAGCCUAUGAUUUAGUAACACCAGGACCAGCUUUACGAAGUCGACGAUUACAUUUGAGGCAACCAGCUGAUAUACGUGAAGGAUUUGGUAAUGCUGUGAAUGUAAUGACAAGAGGUUUUCAAAUGGUAGCAGAAGAUUUAUGCGGUGCAACUGUUUUACCAUCUGAAGUUGAAAUUGGAUAUAAAGGUCCUGUCGGAAUGGUUGGUGAUGUAUUACGUCAGAUACCGCCGACUAUGGUUACACCUAUUGUAGCCGGUUGUGAGGUGACCGCCAAUAUUCUCGGAGGGUUACGUAAUCAACUAAGACCUGAAGCUAAAGUUGAAGAUGAACAAAAAUGGAAAAAUACUUAUGGUUUAUAAAGGAAAUAAAUAAAGUUAAUCAUCACAUGCAUACACACAUAUGUAUCUUAUUGUAGUUGUUCUUAUCUCUUGUCACAGAUAGAUAGAGACACACACUCACACAUACGCCUACAUAUAAGCACCAAGACACACACAGUAGAGAAUGAAGCACUCUCUCUCUCUCUGUCGCUCCCCGUCUUGAACAUUUCUAUUUAGCUUUUACAAAUGAAUGUGUAUAAAAACUUUGAAAUUAUUAACUUCUACUUGCCCAUUUUAUAUACUACUACCACCACCACUUAAUCCAAUCCUUCCACCAUGAUCAUCAAUGAAUGUGAACCAGUCGAUAACAGAUUAUGAAUUCAUUUAUUAUAGCUUAUUGAUACAUAACACUGUUGUUUUGUUUUGUCUUUUUUUUAUAAUGAAUCGACAUUUUUAACCAUCCAGUGUUGCACAAAUGGAAUGUCUUUCGUUAUUUUGUUUUCAUUUUGGUUGUUUGUUUAUUUUUUCUUUCACCUGUUGUUCUCAAUGAUUUCUGUUUGUUUGUUUGUUUGUAAUGCCUAAAGGUGGUGAUACUGUAAAUUCUGUUGCCUUUUUUUUAAUAAAUAUCAUUGUUGUAGAGUUUAUAAUGUCUAGUAUCAGUUUGUAUGGAACACAUCGUGCAUCAUCAGCCUCAUUGUUUCUUUUUUUCCCGAUUUGUUCAGUUUUCACUUUUGUCACUUUUUGCCUUUUCUCUCGCUCUCUCUCUCUCUCUCCUUUAAUGAAUGAGAUACUUUUUCUUUUCUCUCACUCACUUUUCAGUUAUGCUUUAAAAGUUUUGACAACAACAAACAAUAAAAAUGAAAGAAGAUUUCAUAUCUUGUGAAAUAUAUACAUAUAUGUAUGUAUAUAUAUAUAUAUAUAUAUGUAUACAAUUGUUAAGCUCGUUGUUAAUAUACAUUUAUAUUGAUUGAUCCAUAUAUCCUUGAGUAAAGUGAGAAUUCUCUUCUGUGUAUACAACUUUGAUACACUUUGAAUUUCUUGUAUUGGUUCCUAGGCCUGGUUGGGGAGGGGGGCUGCCUUCUAUCAAUCAGACUAGUCUGCGAGACGUGGUCACCUAGCUAGCUAAAUACACCUCGAAUCCGUGGUAGGUAGUCGUGGGUAGUCGUGGGAGUGCGGUUCGCACUAAAGUCUAGGUUCAGAGCGGCAACAACAACAACAACUAUUAUAAGUCUUAGUGAUAUUGAAUAG